UAACGAUUGUGUGGUCAAAUUUGAAAGCGGCACUGGAGAACAAGGUUGUAUUAUUUCGCUGCUAAAGAAUCACUGUAGUGAAUUAUUUUGAUCAAAAUGUCGAGUAAGCCAGAUCUAAAGGUUAAGGAUGUUCCAGAUGUGGUACUCGAUCCAAAGUCAAGAAAAAGAUAUGCUCGUGGUCGCUAUUUGGGAAAGGGUGGAUUUGCAAAAUGUUAUGAGCUUGUGGAUCCUGACACAAAAGAAAUCCUAGCAGGAAAAAUUGUGUCAAAGGCACUUCUAGUGAAGCCACAUCAAAAAGAGAAGAUGACUCAGGAGAUUGCAAUUCAUCGAAGUCUAAAGGAUCAUCAUGUUGUUGGCUUUCGAAGCUUCUUUGAAGACGAUGACAAUGUGUACAUUCUCCUGGAGUUGUGCACCAAAAGAUCACUGAUGGAGCUGCACAAGAGAAGAAAGGCAAUCACAGAGCCAGAAGCACGGUACUUUACUCACCAGACAUUGCUUGGUGUUAAGUACCUUCAUGAGAAUAAGGUCAUCCAUCGAGAUCUAAAGCUUGGUAACCUCUUUCUCAAUGACACGAUGGAGAUCAAAAUAGGCGAUUUUGGACUGGCAACGAAAUUGGACUAUGACGGAGAGCGAAAGAAGACACUGUGUGGAACACCAAACUACAUUGCGCCCGAGGUGCUUGCGAAGAAGGGUCACAGUUAUGAGGUUGAUGUUUGGUCCUUAGGAUGCAUUCUCUAUACGCUGUUGGUUGGAAAGCCACCAUUUGAGACAGCUUCUCUGAAGGAGACCUAUAUGCGUAUCAAAAAGAAUGAGUACCACGUCCCAUCCAGAGUGUCGCCACUGGCCAAGAACCUGAUUGACCAAUUGCUACAAGCUGACCCAGGAGCCAGGCCUUCUGUGUCUAAGAUACUUGAUCACGAUUUCUUCUCUACUGGUUUCUUGCCAACUACCCUACCAACGUCAUGCCUGUCAACAGCACCAAGGUUUGCACUUAGCAUAUCUUCAAUGGGCCAGCCAAUAAGUAGGAAGCCACUAGGCGAUGUGAACAGUCAAGGCAUGUUUCUUCAUCUAGGAAGUGCUGAGCAAGCCAUAACUGCCCACAAGAGGGAUGGAGAGAACAAGGUAGAAGGAGGCGAAUCAGGCAAAGUACAGUCUGAUAGGCAGGAUGAUGGAAAUGAAAUGCCUGCAGACUUCUGGCUGAGUGAUUUACAUAUGCAGCUAACCCAGCUCAUGGCUUCAAAGCCAGCUGAGAAACCAGUCAUCCGUGAAGAUGAGGCAGAGGAGCCUGCAGCUUGUCCGAUUUACUGGAUCAGUAAAUGGGUCGACUACUCGGACAAGUAUGGACUAGGUUACCAGCUGAGUGACGGUAGUGUGGGAGUCCUGUUCAAUGACUCCACCCGCCUCGUUCUCAACGAAGAUGGAGAAACCAUGCAGUACAUAGAGAAGGAAGGUGCUGAACACUUCCACAAAAUGUCUGUCUACCCAGAUAUGCUCACUAAGAAAGUGACACUGCUCAAGUAUUUCAGGAAUUACAUGAGUGAGCAUCUGCUCAAGGCUGGGGCGAACAUGAAGCCUCGUGAUGCUGACAACAUAUCCCGGUUGCCAUUCCUGAGAACUUGGUUCAGGACCCGCAGUGCGAUAGUGCUUCACCUUAGUAAUGGAACCCUACAGAUCAACUUCUUCCAAGACCACACCAAGGUCAUCCUGUGCCCCAUAAUGGGUGCGUCCACCUACAUCGACGACAAGCGUAACUUCCGCACGUUCAGAUUCAACCUGCUUGAGGAACACGGAUGCUCGCGGGAGCUGGCGAGCAGGAUGCGCUAUGCGAGGACCAUGGUUGAACGUCUUAUGGCGUCGAAGUCUGGGUCAGCCCGACUAAAAUCAGCAUAAUCUUAAUUAGUGAGAGAUAUCUUUUGUCGUAUGAGGAUUCGACUGUUGAAUUUUCUUGCAGAACUUAAGAUGUAGGGUACCUGCUAGCUUGUUGUGUAAUUACCAUUAAUAGUCAGAUGUGUAGAUCCUAGUUUCUGGCACCCUUCUGGGGGUGGUCUAUGCAUUAAACUAUUUAAUUAUCCAGAUAGCAAUAUAUAUAUAUAUAUACAUAUAAAGCUGUGGGCACAGGCAGCUUCCAUAGUAGUUGCACAUCAACCGAGUGCAUUAGUGAAAACACUAGGUAUCUGCAAUUAUUAAGUUUAUAUUCGAAUGCUUUUUAUUAAGCGUAGUAUUACGUUUAUAAACUGGCAGUUUUGUUUUUAUAAAUAUAAUGAUGUGAAACGAUCGUUGUGACAGUUUCAAUAUGUAAUAUUGCCUGCAAGUUCUUUGCAUUGCUUGUUGGAUCUGUAAAACUACUGCCCUUAUUCCAUGUAUAUGUCUGGUCUGCUAUCAUGUACAUGGUCUGCUGCUGUUAUGGAGCAUGUUACACACGUAUGUUACAGCAUGUUAAGUAGGGCACCUUUAGCAGCAUUUAUAGCAUGUAGUCCAAUUUACAUUACGACAGUUGGCAUUGUCACUUCUUCUCUAGCAACAGUAAAGAUAAUUGUUAUCACAUACAGGGUUCUCCAAGAGCACUUAUAGCCUGGCGGCCCGCCAGUCUAUCGUCGAGCCCUGCCAUCCUAAAAUGCA